AGUGCAGAUAACGCAGGUCAAUUCAACCCUGGGAGGCUCCUAAAUGCACCAGCUGAACUCUGAGACACGACUGACAAAAUGACAAUAUUAUAGAUAUCGUUCUGAGUUUUAAUUAAUCUGACAGUCAGUGGAGAAACCAGAUAAGAUGUUUAACUGGGUCGAGGAGUGGAACAUCUCUUUUGCAGGCUGUGGAUUCAGGAGCAUUUACUACGUGGGAGCUUUGAGCUGUAUCCUGGAGCGGGCUCCACAGCUGGUUCAUGGUGCUUCUAAAAUUUGUGGAUCUUCCUCUGGGUGUCUCGUGGCUGCAGCUCUCACUGUUGGCAUUCCCAUUGAACAGUUGUGUGCUGAUAUUUUAACCAUAGCGAAGGAGGCCAGAAAACACAUCCUUGGAGUUUUCCACCCAACCUUCAGCCUGCUCCGGACAGUCAGGGACUCCCUGCUGGAAAAGCUUCCAGAAGAUGCCCACCUCCGGGCUUCUGGAAGGCUCUGCGUGUCUCUCACCCGAAUAGCUGAUGGGAAAAAUGUUUUGGUGUCCGAGUUUGCCAGCAGAGAGGAGCUCAUUCAGGUUCUCAUGUGCAGCUGUUUUUUCCCUGUUUACUGUGGUUUCAUCCCACCUUCAUACCGUGGCAUGCGCUACAUGGAUGGAGCACUGAGCAACAUGAUGCCGUUGUCUGAGCAGAGAAACACCAUCACUAUGGCCCCGUUCUCAGGCGAGAGUGACAUUUGCCCCAGAGAAGGGUCCUACAAUUUCUUUGAAGUCCACUACGGAAACGUCAGCAUUCAGGUCAACACUGGGAAUGUAUAUCGAGUCUGUACAUCCUUCCUUCCCCCCAGACUUGAGAAGCUGGCUGAGAUAUGCCACAAUGGCUACAUGGAUGCUUUUUGUUUCCUGAGAGAGAAAGAUCUGCUUACAGCACAAAAUAUUCACAGCAGUGCAGUGGUAGGAGCCAAAUCUCCUUGCUGUGAGCAGAUGAAGGAAGUGGGUCAAGCAGAAGAGAGGAUGAUGAAGUGUCACAAGGAAAACCAUCAGUGGCUGGACCAUAGAGUCAUUGAGAAUCUCCCAGUGACUAUCAAGAAAAUUCUAUGUGAGGCAUGCAGGGAUAGUCAUGAUGGUGGCAGCAGGUGGCCGCAUUACAGGGACUUCCUGACAAUGAAUUUGUUUACGUAUCUACUUACCUUCCUCAUCUUACCUGUUGAGCUGACCAUCUUAUUUACCAAAAGCAUGGUGUCAUUCAGCUGUACAGCACUUUGCAGACUGUUAUUGUGGUCUGCAGAUUUCUACAGGCAGAAAUGGAGCAUUAGCAAUGAUAGUAUCAACAGCGCAUCUCGAGAGACUAACUGCAUCUGCAGGUCAUCUGGUUCAGACAGCAGGAAUCAGAGAGGACGAGACAUAAAUACACAAACUCUGAAAUCAAAGAUGACCUCAGAUUCUAAAAUGAAUCUCUGCUGGGACACCAAUGGCAACAUGGAGCUUAUGCCCCCAGUCUCAACUAGAACUGCAUCUGGCCAGGUGAUGUUAAACACACCAGCAAAGGGACAUGUAAUCAACCAUAAACAAAGUGGAAAAAAGAUUGAUUAAAGGAAACCAACAAAGGAAAACAAACAAACAAAAAAACUUCAGCAUUUGCUGAACUUACUGACAUCUUAUCAACACCAUGAGUCGAAGUGUAAUGUACAACAGGAAAAUAAAAAGAACGCCUUUUUCUUCGCAAAGAUUGAAUAGCUACCAUGUGAUAUUGAAACAAAGGUAAAACAAAAGUAUAGAAAAAGCAUCAUCAGUACAUUUUAUUGGACAAAUGAGUCAUUCCGUGUGACCGAUAUAAUCAUAAACAUAACAUAAUUCUACAAUUCCUAAAUCAAAUCAAAUCAAAUCAAAUAAAACCCAUUAAAUGUUUCGUAACAUAUUUAAAGGCUGGUGAGACGAUGCCUCUGCAGGACCUCUGACAUCGAGUCAUCAUUUUGCAUCUCAUCAGUUCAUAGCACCAUGAAUGUAACAUAUUAAUGCUAACCAAGUCCUCCCUGCAAACAGAGGAUCACACAAGCUCACACUGAUCAGUCAAUUUAUAAAAUAAAAUUUCUGGAGUUUAUCUGCUGUUUAAACAGCAGAUGUGAAAGUUCUCAUUUACUGCAUUGCAGUGCAGUGCAGUACAGUACAGUACAGUACAGUAAAAAGGCAAAACAAAGGUUUAAAUGAUGUGUGACUGUCUUUGAAAAGACAGUCACACAUCAUUAGCCACUUUCAGACAAGUAUUAAUUUGCAUUCAUCUAACAGCAUCUUAUCAAUGUGCACCCCUGGUCACUCUGUUAUAAAAGUCAGAAGGGCAAUCCUUUUGGGCCAAACCUAGUAAUAUUUACGAAUCAAUUUAAGAAACAGACAGUAUAAAAAUUGGUGCUGAAGCGCCUUAAACCAAAGGCCAGCAUAAUGAUUCAUGUGGUUGCAAAAAAAAAUUCUCUGGAAUAACGGUAUGUGUGAAUAAAGCUCUGAGGAACAUUACCAUCACUUAUGUCAGGACAGAGCACCAUCGAUGUUGAACCGUGUCUGAAAGAGGCUAUUGUCAAGUCCCUGAUUUCACAUAUUUAAAAAGACUGCAGUGAAGACGAUCAUGCUGUAUAUGUUUACAAGAUCACAAAGAAUUAAAAAGGUGCAGAAAAUAUAUUCUGCAAAUUUUCUAAAAA